AUGAAAAAUCAAGUGAGGAAAGAUGGAGAGGUGAGGCUGUACGAGUGUAAGAGCCAUCACAUCCUUACCUGUGCUCAUCUGAAAUACCACGGCAGAGCAUCAGUCUGGACAAGGCUGAUAAAAGCUGAGGUGUUUAAGAUAGAAGUACUAAUGAAUGGAAGAAAACAUUUUGUUGAAAAAAGGUACAGCGAGUUUCAUGCCUUGCACAAAAAGCUGAAGAAGUGUAUAAAAACUCCAGAAAUCCCUUCUAAGCAUGUCAGGAACUGGGUCCCAAAAGUCUUGGAACAACGGCGGCAGGGCUUAGAAAUGUAUUUACAGGCUGUCAUUUUAGAAAAUGAAGAACUUCCAAAGCUGUUUCUUGAUUUCCUAAACGUGAGACACUUACCCUCUCUACCAAAGGCAGAAAGUUGUGGAUCUUUUGAUGAGACAGAAUCUGAGGAGUCAAGCAAACUGUCCCACCAGCCGGUGCUGCUGUUCCUCAGGGAUCCAUACGUCUUGCCUGCAGCCAGCGAUUUUCCAAACGUGGUUAUUGAAGGAGUGCUCCAUGGAAUAUUUUACCCUCAUCUGCAGCCCAGGUAGAAUCCCUGCAUGGCUCAAAGAAGCUGAAGCAAGUUUCCAGGUCGUAGUCAAGGAAAUCGAUAUCUACCAAAUUAACCUAAACCCUAUGACAUAACAGCUCGAGUUAGUGGUAAAAUUCACAGUCCCGGCUUAAUUCAGGGCAGGGACAUUUCCAUUAGCAUGGUGCUUUUAAAAUAGAAACUGAACCAGGGCAGUGAUGAGGUUAAGGGCGAGUGUUUAAGUGGAAUAAAGUUGCCAACUGAAACCCAGGAGGAGGCAGCCCGGCAGAUGCCUGGGAAUACCGGGCCAAACUAAGCAGAGGUGUUCUCUGCUUAAUCACACCAUUUCUGCGUUGAAAGGCGUGUCCCGGGCUGCACUCGGCUGAUCAGCUCUGCUGAUGUUUAGUUCCCGUCUCUCGACACACUGAUGCUUGCACGUCAGGUCUUCUCAGCCAGUGUGGUACCUUCUAACGUGCUGGCAACCACAGCUCCGUGCGAGUAAGAAGACAAACUGGAAAUCACAGCAUACGGACAAGUGUUGUGGAACUCAGAAACAUGAUCUGCGUUACACUGCAUUCCCGUCACACCUCGGGGUCAGCCUCUGAUGUCAGCAGAAGAGGAAACGGGCAUUAGGAAGGCCCUCGCCUGGGAAAGGCACCGGGCUGGAAGUCUGGACGUCUCCCCAUCGAGGCUGCCCUCUGGUGUCGCAGACAGGGUUUCUUUGAAGACCAAGUGGCAUUGCUGGUGGUUUUCAGGGGCCGUUGUGU